CUGUGUUAGGAGAUCCAGCUUUUUUUGUUUUUCUUCUAUCUGGAGGUGUAUCGGCAAUGGCGUCGAUGUGGGUGCGGUGCGCAUCACUGAAACAAAACAGUAAGGUUUUAUUUUGUUAUUGGAACAAUAUUUGUAUACUAUGGUGUGACAACCAAACUUUGUUCGGUAGUUAUUUGGUAAACCUUGAGCCGCCGAUAUGGGUGAUCGGCCACUCCUUCGUACAUGUAUUUGGACCAGCCGACGGUCGGUGUCGGCCACUCCAGAGUGGAUAUACAUGUGACACAUAUGUUAUGUUUAUAAUCAGGCAUGAUUGAGUAGUUGGGUUAUUCACAUGUUGACAUUUUGUAACAAUUUACGUUACAUUAUUUACGUUAUUCCAUUAUUAACUACACGUCAAGUAUUUUAACAUACAUCUAUUGCCGACGCCCAGCUAUUAAAAUGGCUGAAAUACAUAUGCGAGCCUUAUCCGCUCUUUUUACCUGAAGCCAAUUCAUCCAGCUCAUCGUCCGAACUCUCCUCCGAUGUGGAACUAUCAAUUUCUGUGCUGGAUGAUAGCAUUUCGAUGUUGACUGAUCCAGGCGAUGCUACACACGUUAAAUAUUAUGCAAAUAAAUUAAUAUGUAAACGAAUAAAAAUAUACUCAAGCUCGUUUGCCUUGCUCACCUAUCGGUUCCUUUUCAGCAUGUUGUUUUGCAUUUUUAGGAAUUACUACUCGUCUACGUGACGAGCUUGUAAUUUCCCGUUUCGAAUAUUCUGGCGUGUUCGCUGAUGAAAAACCAAAAAAUAAUUGCGAAUUAGUUAACAGUUUAUAAUCCUUUCAUAUUAUUCUGCAUUAUUAGAAAUUUAUAAAACACAUCUUACAAUUAUCUGAUUCUUCAUUCGAUGAUGAUGAUGACGAUGACUCAGUGUUGGGAACAUAUUCCGAAUCUUCAUCCGAAUAUUCGGAAUCGUCAUCUUUUUUUCGUUUGGGCAUUUUCUAUGUAAAUAUAAUUUAAUUGAUAAUAAAUUAUAGUACAACAAUACUACACGUCAAGUUCACACAUCAAUUGCAAAUAAAUAAUCACUAAAUUAAACUUACCUGUUACGUUGAAGAAUUACUUUUAAAAUCUCAAACCUGCUUGAUUGUAACAACACAAACUUCAAGCUGAAGAACUAAUUGUGAUUAAUGAUAAAUUAAAUGAAUGAAACAUUCGAAAAUAUUUGCAAAAUAAUAUUUCACAGUCUUUCUUUUGAGUUUCACUGUGCAUCUGGGGCUCACACAAAGCACAGGUCUUAACUUGAGCGAGCCCACCACUUUUAGUGGUUGUCUGCUUGAUUCGUCCUUUCUCCUCUGUCUCACAAACAACCGCCAACUGCCUUCGAUGUUGCGUAUAUUUUACAUAACCAACAAAGCAAGAGUUUUACAAAGUAGCUGUGUUUAAAUGCAGAACACAUAUCAAAAGUCCUUAAAAUUAUAAAAGUGAUGUAAGCUUGACGUGUAGUUGUGAAUAAAGAGUUUCUCAUAUUCGCAAAAUGGUUUUAUGACUUUCACAACUAAUCGUCUACUUCCUUUGCACACAACCAAUUAAGUAGUGCGACGUUUUAUUAUAGUUCUGUUGUCAUCCAAGGAUUAGAAUUCUGGACUAAUUCGCCGUAACUUCAAAAGGACAGAGCAGAACACGCGAAGGAAGAAAGCUAUGAAGGAAGGGGAGCACAUUCGUGAACUGAUUGCGGAUGGAAGGCUAGUGGACGCCCGUGAUGCUGCCAAUGAUUUCUUAUCCACGUUCCGUGAUGAACCCUUCAUGUCCAGCUUACUGCUGUGUAUAAAAUCUGAUCUUGCCGAAUGGGGCGAUGAAUAUGACCAGCUACGGGAACGGGUGAAAAAUCACUUCCGAAUGGUCCUAAUGGGCGGCUGUCUGACUCCCCGUGAUGUGUGUGGACUUUUCGAUGAUUGGAAAUUUUUAUUUAAUGGACUGUUCGAUGGGGAGGAUAUUCUUCUUUUGACACGCGCUUACUGGGUGUACCCCGAUAUUCAAGAGGAAAAUGACCUCGCCAAAAACCAACCGCCACGAGUGAGCAGAAAACGUGCUGUCAAACAGCUCAAGAAAAAUUUAAAGAUUGGUUACAUGUCUUCGUUCUAUAAUCAUCCCCUUGGUCAACUGUUUUGUGGAAUACCGAACGGACACGAUAAACAAACUUGCACCGUAAUCGGGCUGUAUACUUGUAUGACGCAGAAUGGAACAUAUCGUACUCAUACUGCAGAAGAUGAACAUGUCCUUGGGAUUAUUGAAGAUGGAUGCGACAACUUUUAUGAAAUAAAAGAAAAGACUGCUGCUAAAAUUGCCAAAACCAUAAAAAAUCUCGGGUUGGACGUUCUUGUGGCAUUGGAUGGAAUAAUGAGUGAUGGACGCCUCGAUAUCUUGCAGUAUAAUGUGGCACCUGUCACAUGCACCGUCCUUGGUUUCCCUUGUACUACGGGUUGUCCAUACGUAAAUUACUUUGUCGUUGAUGACAUUGUAUGCAACCCUAGUCAUGUCGUGUCGAAAUUUUCCGAACGUCUUGCAUUUAUGUCCACUUCUUGCUACGUGGGGUCUCAUGCUACUUUACACACCCAUCUUUCCUAUGUUCAUCGUGUCGAGACUGCAUUGGGAGAAAAAUUUGUUAUGAGUGCCUCUUUCAUCAUGCCGGGUAUAUUCAAAUCGAAGCGAGGAGUUUCUGCAUGUUGGAACUUUCUGAAAGAACGCCACAACAGCGGUGUCACCAACUUGUUUGGACACAAAAUUUAUGAUGGCUCUUCUAGGCAUUACCCGCUGUACUCUACGACAAUUCUGGAUGGAAUAACACUUACAGCUAGAUUCCACUAUAGUUUGCCAGAAGGAAAUGUUGUAUUUGCAACGUUUAAUGCAAUUUGGAAGAUUGAUCAUGAGUUAUUUUCUAUCUGGAUGCGGAUCCUUGAUAAUGUCCCCUCGUCUGUUUUAUGGAUCAACACAAACAGUGAGAACGACACUAUAACAAGUAAUUUAAGGACGGCUGCGGGACCUGCCCUCAUGGACCGGCUCUUUUUUACCCCUGGCGUUGGUCACGAGGAACAUGUUCGCAGAGGAUCUCUUGUUGAUGUAUUUUUGGAUACGCGUGUCUGCAACGGACACACAACAUCACUCAACGCAUUGUGGACCGGUAGUGUCAUUGUGGCGUUCCCAGGAAAGGAAUUUCACAACCGAGUUACUUGUACUCUCCUCCAUGCACUCCGAUUGCAAUGUUUAUGCUGUCGUUCGGUUGAAGAAUACGAGCAGACCGCAAUUUUACUGGGACUUCACACCAACAAAAUCGAGUUCAUCCAGAGAGAAAUGCAAGAGCGGAAGCUCCGAUCUACCGUUUUCGACACUAAACAAUUCGCACCUGAAUUGUAGGACCUUUUAAGGGAAAUGCUCAAAUGUCGUGAAUCCAAUCCUACCAACUCGGAUGCUUGGGAUGAUGUGCAUUCAGAAGCUGAUGGAGAGGAAAUUCUGGAACUAAUUGAACUGAUUGAUUUGGAAACUUUGAACAGUUACACGUCAAGUACACGAAAGAUUUCUUCACCAACUUACUCAUCCGUCGUUGUGGAGGAGCCAGUUGCUUCGUGUUCUUCUCAUCCUGUUCCAUCCUCACCGACACCACGUGGUCAACCCCCCAUCGAUCAGGGACACACUGGAAGAAUUUACCCUGUUUAUAACCUUCCCACCGUUAAUGACCUCGACAAACAUGAGUUAUACGUUGGGCAGCGUUGUGUCAACAUCGCCUGGAUUGAACUGCAUCAAUUCACGUGUUUCAAAGAAUGGAGAAUGAUUAUGAUUCUCUCUACAUUGGACCGCUUAUGGCACUUCAGUUCAUGGAUCGCUUGUUGAAAUAUCUGUCUUUUGGGAUUCCAAUAUUUCCGAAGCACAAGACUGACUAUCAUGCAUUUUUUGAAAAGCGAAAGACAUUCCGCAAUUACAGCUGGACUCAGUAUCGCUGGAUGGCAGAAAAAUUGUGGCCAAAUGAAAAUGGACUGAUUGAGGCUGAUGAAGAACCAGCAAAUGUUAUUCAGACUGGUCGAGAAAAUCGCAAAACUGAUAAAGUCAAAUGCUUCCAAUGUGCAAUCUAUGAUCAAUCAAAAGUUUUUGUAUCUACCUUACUUGAGAAACAUGUCCCACGCACUCACCUUUGGAAUAGUAAUGGGAGCUACCGAUGCUGUCCUAAUUGUGGUAUCCCAUUGGAAUUAUUCGAAGGUGACGAAGAAACUGAUGAGCACAUUCAAAGUCAUCCAGCCGCCUCUCAUGCCAACGAAUCGUAUCUUGCGGAUGACAACAACAUGGAUUUGGCAUUUGACGAAAGAUUCUGCAAUUUUCCCGUCAAUCUCGAAGGUGAGAAUCCUUUGAAACGAGAAUUGGAGUUGUAUAAUUCAGCAGCGUCAAACGAAGGAAAAAACCCUAAAUAUCACGGGCAAGGGAAAUGGAUGUUCCAGCGUGGUCAAAAAAUGCAGACCUUCAUAUGGAUAAAAGAUGCAUUCGAGCGCAGUAUCAAUUGGAUGAAGGACAAUGUGUGUAAGACAGCUGCGUCUGGAGCUAUUGUGUUCCAGUUUUCAAAACUGUUGAAUCUGAACCUUUUGAGCCCAUCAUGCCCUCGGUUUCAAAACUUGGGAAACAUGAACCCGGAGAUUCGUACAAACUUAUGCAAGACGAACAUGAAAUUCGACUUUCGUUCAUCUUACGAAUUCAUGUGUCGCAUUUUUAACGACGAAGGAAAGGUCCAGGAUGAGAAUGGUUUAUGGAAAACAAGAGAGUCGUUCAAGGCUGGGUCGACCCUGUGCAAAAUUUGUGGAACUGAAAUGGGAGGAGGAUACAAGAACAUACAUCAAGCCAUGAAGAAAGAUCACCUGCAAAUAGAUGUGGGUCCAUCAUGCAAAUGGUGUAAUUUGACAUUUGGAGAACAAUUGGGAGAGAACUUGGAGCAAAUCAGAAAUGCACACAUGAAAAAACAUGGACAACUUGCAUCAUGGACCGAAAUUAUUUGGGAUUACAAUGGUCAAUUCCCAUCUUCAAUCCAUUACGAAAUUAAGUUUAAUGACUAAUUACUACCUCACGGUUAUUUAUUUGUAACAAAAUUACUGUAUUAUAUAAAAGUAUCAAAAAAUCCUGCAAGCAAUACAUCAAACUCUAAUUAUAAUAAUAAUAAUAAUAAUAAGCCUUUAUUAUCCUCACUUACUAUAACCAGUGAAUACAACAAUCGAAAUUAGUUGGUAUAGCGAGCUGGCAUAUUUUCAUGGGCUGACAUUAAUAAUUUAAUGACAUAAUUUAAUAACAUAAUUUAAAAACAUAUAAUCACGUGUUCUUAUUAUAACUUUAAGAUGGAUUAGACGUGAAGUUUUUUAUGUUGAGAAAUCUACAUAUUUUUCCACUUUUGGACUGACCGAUCUAGCCCGUCGGGCACUCCUACAUAAGCCUUUGUAGCAUAGAUCGGCAUAUUAUCGACCAUCGACCAUUGACCAUCGACCAUUUUCACCCGACCAUCGACCAUCGCCCAUCGACCAUGACCAAUUUUUCGCGACCAUCGACCAUCGACCAUGACCAAUUUUUCGCGACCAUCGACCAUCGGCCAUGACAAAUUUCUUGCGACCAUCGAUUAUCGACCAUCGACCAACUGGUCAAUUUUGCGACCAUCGACCAACUGGUCGCAAAAUCGACCAAUGGUCGAGCGACCAUGCCGAUCUAUGCUUUGUAGGCGCAUUCUAAGAGUGUUUGGAAUGACCGAUCAAGCCCGUCGGUCACUAAUUGUGAAAAAGUCACUAAUUAUGAAAACAAGUCGCUAAUUAUGAAAAAGUCACUAAUUAUGAAAACAAGUCACUAAUUGUGAAAAAGUCAAUAAUUGUAAAAAAAGUCCCUAAUUACAAAAAAAGUCACUACUUGAAAAAAAGUCACUAAUUGAAAAAAAGUCACUAAUUGAAAAAAAGUCCCUAAUUACAAAAAAAGUCCCUAAUUACAAAAAAGUCCCUAAUUACAAAAAAAAUCAUUAAUAGAAAAAUAUUCUCGUCAUUUUGUGGAUUCUCCUCACUUUGUCCAACAACAACAUCACUCCCACUGACUCUAUAACAUAAAACAAUAACAAUAACAUUAAAAAUACAAAAACAUCAAGUUUUCAUCAAAAGGAGUUGUCAAAUGUAGUGUAGAGUGAUAUAUCAUCAAAGAUCAAAGUUUACUUACAUAUUAUUACAUUCGGUCUGUAUGAUUUCAUUUAUUUUUCCAGUAUCGUCCGUCGGGAUAACACGAGUGGAUAGAGUUGUGCAACUGCUUCAUUGUUUUCACUGAAAAAUUUAAAAAAAUCAAUAAUGAUGAAAAAGUCAAGAAUUGUAAAAAGUCAAGAAUUGUAAAAAGUCAAGAAUUGUAAAAAGUCAAGAAUUGUAAAAAAAGUCAAGAAUUGUACAUAUUUUUCCACUUUUGGACUGACCGAUCAAGCCCGUCGGUCACUCCCCUAAUGGUUGGAUAAGCCUGACUAACAUUAUUCUUAGUUGUGCUCGUCUUGUUAUUAUGCGUGUGUGUGUAAUCGUGAACGUAUGCGAAUUUUUAAAUACAAAAUACGAAAGGAUUGCAUUUUUUUAGAGGAUAUUUUAUUCAAUCAAUAAAUGUUAAAUAAAUUAACAAAAACAUAGUAAGUCGGAUAAUUAGUUGAUGCAUUUGAAUAAAAAAGAUAUUACGAAUACAAAACAACAACAUUCGUACAACAGAAUGAAUACAAAUGAAACAAUUACAGAUUCAGAUCAGACAGUUUAGGACAGUGGUGUACCAACUUGCACAACUUUUUGAAGUGCUGCAAAUGACUUCUUCGAAAGAACUCAGUAUUCCAGACGAUAAACAAAAAUUCUUGAGCUCUGGAGAGGGCCACAUUAAUACGGUUGAUGCUGUUUAGGAAACCUACACUAGCUUUCGGGGACGUAUUGCUCCGGACAAAUGAAAUGAUGACCACCCGAUUCUCUCGUCCUUGAAAGGCAUCAACGUUCCGUAUAUCACUCUAGAUUUACCACAAGUGUAACGUGCAUUUGGUUUAUUAGGUUAUUUAAAAUUUUGAGUUUUCUAUACGUCAAGUUGUAUUACCUUGCAGGGCAUGGCCCGUAAUAAUUCCUGCCUCUGCAUCUCGUAGAACGUGAGAAUCGUAAUGUCCUCAGAAGGGAUGCCUUUGUCCAGAAGUGUCUGAACUAGACGUGAAACUUCAUUUACUUCCCCAAUGUUAUAAUAUCCAUUCGUUAUUGGUUCCUGUGAAUAUAAAACGCAAAAAUUAAAA